AUGGAUGCUGAAGAGCGGGUAAUCGUGUUAAUUAACGAUGAGUAUGGGACUUCCAAGGGGGGAAUUUCCACCAUCAACUGCUAUGCAGGCCAAACCCUAGGCCUGACAGGCAAGGCAGUUGUGUACGCCACAGUCCUACAGCUGGAUGUGCCUGAAGAAGACCAGAAGGCGGCAGACAGAGAUAAUGUCAAGCUGAUCAAACCCUAUCGAAAAAAAGGGGACCUGAGAGAGCCAUCCUUAGACUGGCUGACCUUCGACUACAACAGCCGCUACCCGAAAUCAAAGAAACCACAACAUGAAUACCUGAAUAGCCUCAACCCAGAAUCAGAGCUACCACCACACAUUGAUGUCAUCAUUGGCCAUGCUGACAUCACAGAUACGGCAGCCCGAAACAUCCAUAAUGACUACUACAAGGACGAGGCAGACCUCAUCAUGUUCACCCAUGUCAUACCUGAGGAUACAGAGUACUACAAGGGAGGCCGGAAGGCCAUGAAUGCUGGGAAGAAAGAGAAUGAUAUGCUUAUGAAAGUGGACAACGCAAAGGCAACUUUCUCUGUGGGUGAGCGGAUUUACAACCACUUCAGCACCAAGUACAAAGGAGAUAGGAAAUUCAAACAGAAUCACCACAUCUUCCUCCCGAAGCCAUCCAAGAUAUUCCUGGACGCCCAUGUGAGUCCUGGGGGAGAGGAGAUGGUCGUCCUGUCCAUUGGCAGAGUGAGGAAGGUGGAGAAGUUGAAAGGCCAUGACCUUGUUGGACAGUCCAUGAGGGAUGUGGUGAAGAAAAUCAAGAAUGUCCGGUUGUGUGUCCGCGGCAUCAGCGAGGAUGAUUGGGAAACAAGCGAGAGGAUCCUGAAACAUGCCCUGAACAGUCCCGACCUGGUACCCACCCUGCUGCCGUACGGGACCCAGGAGGAGAUCAGGAGUGACAUGAUGAGGGCCCACCUGGUCCUGAUGCCGUCCCGCUCCGAGCCGUUUGGGCUGGUCGGCCUGGAGGCCAUCGCAGCUGGCAUCCCCGUCCUCAUUUCCGACAAGACCGGUCUGGCAGACAUGAUCAACAAACUUGUUGACGGGAAGAAGUUGCCACAGGGCCUCCGGAACAGAAUCGUGGAGACCAGCGUGCAAGACAGCGACAUGACGAAAAAUGCCAGUAGGUGGGCGCUCAAAAUCCGCGAAACUCUGAAUGAUCCCGAGACGGCAUUCAGCCAGGCAAAGAAGUUCAAAGAUGAGCUUCGGAAGUCCAAGUACUGGGAGGACUCAGAGAGAAGGUUCCUGCAAGCCUGCGGUAUUACCGUGACAGCGUCCCAUCUAAACGAAGGAAACAACGCUACUCUCACUUACUCACUCUCGUCCUGUGACCUCAGACUCGAGGACGUAGGGCAUCACGGCAUCCAGCAGUGA